UCAGCAGCUCAGAGUCGUCGUUGUCCUCGAAGCACGAGAAAAAUAUGUUUAGCUCGUCCGGUAGGGUGGUGUUAAAUGUCCUCGAAGUGGCUGGCUUUCUUUUUGUAAUCCGUGAUCAUUAGGAGCCCCUGCCACAUACGCCUCGUGUUCGACCCGUUGGAUUGCUCCUCUACUUUGUGCAUAUACUUGUGUUUCGCUAUAUUGGAGUGUGGAUUCUGAAUGGUCGGACCAACGCUGUGCAGACCUGACCACUGGAACUUUCCUUUUGAGUCUUUGUUUGCAGGCGGCGAUAAGCAAAAUGGCGUCGUCAGAUUUACUGAAAGGAGGAGGAGAGACGGCCUUACCUGUUUCUAAAAGACAUGUAGCAGUAGUCAAGCCUGCAAUUUACACGGGUAGGACAGUCAAUGUGUUGGUAAUAAUUCUGGAGCACGGACCUCAAAUUACCUUUAUAGUUUUCAAGAUGUAGGAUUUUCAUAAGCAAAGUGUCAUGAUGAUGUGGCAAGUGACACUUUACUUCUCGAAAGUCCAAUAUCUGCAAAACGUGACUGCUGACAUGCAAAACAUUUUGGGACUGUAUCAACAGUGGUAUAAUGAUAAAAAAUACCAAAAGAUAGUUUUUGCAUGGAGUUUUCCUUUAAUGUUGAGUUAGGCUAUUUGUUUCAGUUGGCAUACAGACAAUAUCAUUGCGAUAAAAUCUAUUUCAAUAUCUGCCCAAAUACAAAAAAAGAUCAGUGGACUAAUGGAAAAAAAUGCCAAAAUAUCGUUUUUUUGUGGAUUUUUCCAAGAAGAACAAGUGUAGAACUAACAUAAAAUUAUAAUAAUUGUCAUCUUCCCGUCUUCAUGACGCUGACGUUUUAGAGAAUAUAUAUUCAAUAUCACAAACGAAAAAAUAUCUUGUUAUUCGGCUGCUUUUACUCCUUAGUAUAGUGACAAUGACACUUUUCUAGCGUUAGUAUCGGCCUUUCUCCCCACACCUAAUAAUAUCACAUUGAGGGGUGCUGGCCACUGUCUGAUGGCUAUAGCUGAGAGACAUAUUAAUAAUAUGAACAAUCCAUUACUAAUUACCCAUCUUUAAUGGGAAUGAAGACGUGGGCGGGGCAAUCUAUUGUGGGUGCAGUAGUCUAAUUAUAAUUUCUAAACUGAAGUGGGUCUGGGUAUGGUGUAUAAAGUCCACUCUGGUGGGAUCGAAUUCAAACGAGUCUUCCUGCAGGAGAAGAGCCGUACGUGACCUGUAAAAAACGAAGCGUGCGUAAUUUACAAUGGCGAAAUGGGAAAUGCGAAUGGACGUUCUAAAAUGUUUGGCGGUGCUUGAGCUGGAUGACAUGGAUUCAGACGGAAGGGGGGAACUUGAUGAGAUGUAUCAAGAGAUCUAUGAUGAUAAAUAUGGCAUUUUUUCAGUAGAUUCCGAUUCUGACUGUGAGGCGUAUGGGAUCCCUGCCAGGGUGCCAGCGGCACCACAACGCAAGCAGCAAAACUCCCGCAGUUGCUACAGUCAACAUGGGCGCAAAAAAGCCCCUACGUUGCCCACUGUGGAGCCGUCACCAACUGAGAUGGAGAGCGAUAACAAGGGGGCGGACGGCACAGUUUGGGUGAAACAGCCUGUUGGUAACGCCACGGGUCGAUUAUUAACACAGAACGACACCAGAGUGGAAUCAGGCCCUACACCAUAUGCAAAAGACAGAAUCGACGGUGCCUACGCCAGCUUUCAUUGUUUGUGUGACAUGGAGAUGUUGCAGCGCAUCAGGGACUGUACUGUGGCCGAGGCGCACCGGGCGCAAGGAAAAAACACAACAUGGGACUUGUCUGUGGAGGAAUUGGAAGCAUUCAUUGCGGUCCUGUAUGUCCGUGGGCUAUACGGCAAUAGACAAGCGUCUUUGGAUGGCUACUGGUCAUGUUUAAAAUCAGAUUUCUUUCGAGACACAAUGCCAGUGGACCGCUUCACAGAAAUCAUGCGGUACCUGCGUUUUGACACAAGAGAGAUCAGACGCCCCCGGACAAAUUCGAACAAAUUCGCCGUGGUCUCAGAAGUUUGGAACGCGUUUGUACGGAACUGCGUUGCAUGUUACAAGCCAGGGUUGAACAUCACUGUUGAGGAGCAACGGUUCCUUACAAGUGGGGAGGUCAUCAAGUUUUCGUUGACCGCUGACGUAGACAGCAAGUACGUGCUAAAUGUCAUUCCUCAUGUCGUUCCUUAUUCGUGGGAAGAUGAAUCUCAGAAGCCUGAAAAUGUGGCAUUGAAGCUUGUGGAACCUUACCUCGGUGCGGGGAGAAAUGUCACUACGGACAAGUUCUGCACAUCCCUGCCAUUAGCAAAUAAGUUGAUUGCCAACAAUACCAACUUGGUCGGGGCCGUGAGUCAUUGCGGACGAGAGCUGCCUCCCGUGAUGCGUAAUCAGACACAGACAAAGCUAUACUCCACUACCGUGCUAAAGCAUGACAAAGCAACCCUUACGGUUUACAGAAGUAACCCAAGAAAGAACGUCUGUAUUCUGAGCACUAUGCACCCGACUGUCGCCAUCGGGAGCGACCGAACGAGAGAACCGGAGACCGUGACGUUCUAUAAUAGCAACAGGGUUGACGUAAAUAGGAUGACAAGAGAGCGCACGGUGGAGGUUGUGACAGGGUUGGAGAAAGGAGGUUCACACCGCUGGCCCCUUGCGGUAUUCUUCAACCUUCUUGACCUGGCUGCAAUCAACGCAUAUGUUUUGUUCACGCAAUGCACCGCUAAGACAGUGUCAAGGAGAGAUUUCGUCAUGGAUCUGGCAUUCGAGCUUCGCGAGAAGCACAUGAGUGCCAGUGCCGCACCGCCUCCUCCCCUCCCCUCCCACCCAUCCAGGACACAGUCUGUGAAACGAAGACCCGGAGCAAGGUGCGCAGAUCGACACGGAACAAGGCUCCUGAAAGCUGUGGGUAGUGCAACGGAUUUGCUUGUGGGUCUUGCGCACGCAAAUAUCCAGAACAACAGAAGACGAGAGAUGAAUUCAUGCGUUAGGCUAAAGGCGCAUAUCCCAAAGGCACAAGAUACUGUCUCCAGUGAAUUAACAACCGAGUCUGUGUUAUAGCAUGGAUAUAUUGCCACUAAUUCUCCUGUAUGCAUGUAAUGUUUCAACAUUGUGUUUUGCACCCUACCAAUUGUGUUACAAA